UCUGCCCCUCCUGACUGGGCUCCCACUGGGCCCGUGGGGCCUUGGCUGGGGGGCAGCCCUGUUUUACUGCUCCCCUUAUAUUUCCCCUUGUUCUAUUUCUCCUCUCAUCCCUCUGUAAAUAAAUCUCUCCCUUUGUUAUCUCCGUUGUACUUUUCCUGUGGGUGGGUGUGUUCACUCUGGGGGGUUUGGAACAGGUGCCCCUGGGGUGGAAGGGAUUUCUCCUGCUGCAUUCCUGCGCGCGCUGUCUCUUGGCCAGAGCUGCCUGCAGAGCAGACUCCAUCUUGGCCACGAGCGCGUUACAGUUACAGGCAGAAGAAAAUACCCUUUACUACAUGAAGGUCCAGGCUGUGAACGGCGUCUCGGUGGCCUGGGAGACCAGGGCCGGCUUUGGAGCCAUUAGGAAGCAGCCUCGGAUCUUUAAGGCCAAGUAUAGCGGAGGAGAAAGCUUUGCUGGCUCGGACCUGAGCAGCUCCCACACCAAGUCCGAGCUGGGGGAUGUGGACUCAGAGGCAGAGGGCGGCGCCGGGGGGCCAGCAGAGGAGGCGCCGCAGCAGCCGACGGGAGCGCCACCGGAGUGGCUCCUCACCAUCGAGCAGAGCGUGCGGUGCCUGGCCUGCUGCCGAGUCUUUCCCAGCCUGGAAGCCCUGACCCAGCAUGUUAAGCAGGGGCUGCACCAAGGCUUCAGCUGCCGCGUCCACUACCGGGUGCUGGGGCAGCUGACGGCAAGAGAGAGGUCCCAGAGGAGGAGAGUCCUGUGCCCUUGGGAGUCGCAGAGAUCAAGGGAGUCGCCCCCUCAUCAGGGCGUCUCUGCCGGGAGCCAGGUUCCUCAGGACACAGCAGAGGAGGGGGUCUCUGCCGGGAGCCAGGUUCCUGAGGACACAGCGGAGGAGGGGGUCUCUGCCCUUGCUGGCCCCAGGGACCCAAGCCAGCACCCCUCUGCGGCCAUAUCUGUCACCAGCCACUCCUCCAACUGCCUGUGUGCACAGCCGCCAUGUGAGCCCCCCGGCGCAGACGUGAAGAGAAAGCGCUCGGCACGUGGCAGAGAGGCCGAGGAGGAGGCAGAAGAAAAGUGGAUUUGUUUCAAAGAUAUUGUCAUCUGUGUAGAAGUUACAGGAUGGAGUGAAUCAGGCAGAUGCUGAGGAGUAAGGCCGGGCAAGUGGCUCCAGAGUCGGCAGCAAACAUCAGCCAGCCUGCCCAGGAGGAGAGCGGGCGGGGAAGAGGCUUGUGGCCAGUGGAAAGAGAGGAGCUGCGUCGCCUGCUGGAGGAGGAGGAAGACAGCAGCUCCCCUAGCUGACCCUGAGGCACCUUCUGGGCCGAAAUGGAGGUGGCCCCGGGUACAGCUGUGGAGGAGAGAGCCAGGGGAGGGCAGGAGCCUGGGAAGGCAGCUCUGGGGCUUCCUUCGCAGGAAGCCAAGGUGCCAGGAGCUGCGCCCCAGGGCCCAGCAGGAGCCGUCCAUCAUCAUGGCAACUGAGAGGCCCUGCACCAGCCCGACCCUGGCCCCCGAGGAGCCUCCCGCCAGCCCGACCCUGACCCCGAGGAGCCUCCCGCCAGCCCCACCCUGGCCCUGGAGGAGCCUCCCG